UUUUUGUGCGCGCGGCUGGAGUAGCGCCACGGAUGCGACAAAAUUACCGGACCGCCAUGGCAGCGCCGAGUGCCACAUUUUCAGAUCAGGAUUCUUCAACGAUCCAGAAAGAAAAGGACCAUAAGAAGAAGAAGAAGAACUGAAGACGAAGCAAUCGAGCUAGCCCUCCGGAAGCAACGAUCAAGGAAAAGAUGGAUCACUACAGGGUAUUAGGGGUGAGCCGUCAGGCAAGCAAGGAAGCAAUCAAACUAGCCUUCCGGAAGCUCGCCGUAGAAUUCCACCCCGACAAGCACGUCAACUCCCCGCCGGACGUGAGAGAACGCGCCACCUCCAAAUUCAAGCAGCUCUCCGACGCCUACGACACCCUAAUGGACGAUCGCAAGCGCGCCGAUUACAACAUCCGCUCCUCUAACCCUUCUCCCCCCCACGGAAGCAAUCGUCAUGAUAGCAGCUAUUAUCAAUAUCAGAGUGGUGGUAAUUACCGAAAUCCGCGCGGUUAUGGCUAUAAUGACGGUUAUACCCACUGCCGCCCUGCUUCCUCCGGCAUGAAGUUCGAGUUGCUUUUGCGCUUCAUGACUACCAGGAGUUUUCUUCUCAACCUUUCAUUUGCUGGGUAUUGCUUUCUCUUAUUCUUACUGCGUUUAGUCUUUACUUUUGGUUAUUUUGUGCAUUCAAUUGGUUUGGAUCAUUUGUUUCCUCCUUAGAAUUACUGUUCCAUUACUAUAGUGAAACUGGCUUGAUAGGUUAGUGACAAAACCAAACCUAAGAUAAUGGCCAUUGCUAUUCUAGUAUUCUGUCUUCUUUUCCCUACUCUGGAGGUCAAUUCAAAACAAGAUUUGAUGGAUCUAUCAAAAUAUCAAUCAAGAAUAGUAAAAUAAACAACACAUGCUUUUUAGGAUGAAUUCUGGAAAAGUGAAAACCACUAGACAUUCGUAGUAAAUCUAAGCCACCUCUCGUAUUAUUUAUCACUUCACCAUUUUACAUUUUUACAUAUACAAGAAGAAGGCUUCGGAAGCCAUUAGUUGAGUUCUAGCUAUUCUUGAGAUUGGGCAAUGGGAGAAGGGGGGAUGGAGAGAUCUCUUUAUGAAGGGAUAUCCUAGGUAUGGAGCUACAAGGCAGGCUUACAAACGGGCUUCUGGAAGCACUCAUGAGCUGGGAUCCAUUAUCCUUACACUGACCACAAUCCAUGACCCAAACUUACUCUCUAAGAAUAGAAGAGGAAAAUAGAGGAACAGAUUCACUUAGGGGCGGUUUACUUGCAACUUAAUGAAUUUAAUGAAAUUAGCAACCUGACCCUACAGCCAUUAAUGAAUUUAAUGCAAUUAGCGACUUAAUUAAAAGCAUGAAUUAUUCAUUCUGUCAAAAAAAUAACUAAUUUUUUCUAAACUGAUUAUGGAAUAUAUUAAUGAUGGUGAUGAUUAUGGAAUAUAUUUAUGAACAUAUUUUCUAAAUUGAUUGUUUUAAUCAAUUGAGAUUGUUUAUUCCGCUCGCAAAAUCAACGACCUCAUAUACAAUAUCACUCAAUUCAAACAUACAUCUUAAUCCAAAUAGGAUAAAAUACAAAAAAUGUAAGCAUCCCCUUAGGGAACUCUUGAGUCUUGAAGUCAUCCACACGAGUCAGAUGCUGACCGGUUAAUAUGCAUUGCAUUUUGUUGUCCUUCAUGCGAGUGGUGCAAAAUAUGUAUACACAUUUAAUCAGAAAAUGACUAAAGCAUAUGUCAUUUUGUUAUGUGUAAGCAAGAUACAUUGAUGCAUUAUUUUUGUUGGCAAAGGCUUUUGUUAGGUGCAUCUAUGGGAGUCCAUAGCGGUGGAAAGGCACUAUGGAAGAUGCACAACUCUGGAGUAUGUUGUUAUUGAUAUAUCACUUCAAUUACCUUUUGUUUUACCACCACCACCACCACCACUAUGUGCAACAAAAUGGUUCUAAGUUAUUACUCCCGAUCCCUUUUAUUGGUUUCAGUAUGCUUUUCAGUUAAAUUAAGAGUAAAGCUAGUUGUAAUAAAUACUGUAGGAAAAAGUGGAAAAAGUACGAGGGGUGAAAAAAAGGAAAAGCGGGAAGAUCAGUUGAGAAAGUCAGUAUAUAUACUUAUUUUAAUGUGAUGUAGUUUGAUAAAAUGGAAACCAGAGCAAGUAAUUAAACUUUCAUAAAAGGAAAGUUGAGCAAAUAAAAGCGAACAUAGGUAGGUUAAAGGUUCUCCAUCUUGGUGGGUUUUGACUUAUAAAUGAAUAAAUGAUCUCAAAUUUGUGAUAAUUUGAGAUCGCGCCUGUGAUAAUUCUGAUCGUGUGUUUCUUCCCACAUGUCUUUUUUGUGAUAUCUUUUCUUUCUAAUUAAUAAAUGCAGAAAUCAUUUGAAGAUGCGAUGGAGUCCAUAGACAAAUCCAAAGGAUUUAACGGUGAAAAAUAGAUUGUUCAUGUCAUCAUGGGUCUUGAUGAUACUAACUAGAGGGACUAGAGCAGCAAGUGUUUGAGUCCAUUUUGUCAUAGUCCGAUGACAAAAACUACAUCAUUCUUAAUAUGAGCAGGAAUUAAAAGGUAAGGCAAUUUCCAACACGGGUUUAAUGUGCAUAUAAAUGUGUGUAUUGAGUGGGCAGGUGCUUGUGUGUGUUAAUAGAAUUAAGGCAAAAAAAAGAAUAUUUGCAUUCAUUGGUUACAAAAAGUGGAACAUCGAUUUCAUCAAGACGUAGCAAAACAUCACUACGUCUGAACCGUCUGAUCAGAGGUGCAAAAUCUUGAUCUUCCAAGCAGUCAUUGUGCUUCUCGCAGCUCGCCUUCUCUUCUCGCUGUACGCAACUCUUCAGCAAAAGUGUUGGGAUUGGCAGAAACUUGGAUUUGCAAUAACCCUGUCAUCAAGGUGAAUAAGAAGAGGAGGAAGAACAAACAAUAAGUGAAUCAUGCGCUGAAUGCUUGAACAUGUUUUUAUAGCUUUCCAUGCAGCAUUUUCUUCACCCUCUUUCAGUCUCAUCUGAUGUGUAUGGUCUUGUCAAGUUAUUAUACUCUUAGCUACUCACUAUGUCCCAUUUUAAUGAUCAAAUCAUUCAUAUAUUCAUUUUAAUAGAUACUAUUCAUUGAUUAAA